AAGAACGGUAGAUCCCGACUCCCUUUUUCCAAUCACAUCAAUCAAAUCCCUAUUCCCUUCCUUCUUCUUCUUCUUCUUCUUCUCCCUUUUCCCUUCCCCACCACCCACCAUUUCCCCCCUCUUCUCUUCUCUUCAAUCCACGGAUUGAGAUUGUAAAGACUGAGUGGAAGGGUAAGCUGGAGUUGCUGGAGCUGAGGGGAAAACGAGAAAAGGAAGUUGAGGUACCCCAGAAAGUUUUCGGGUCCAUUUGAGUUGAGGGGCUGGAUAAUGAUGGUGGAUGCUAUUCUGUGUGCUAGAAACAGUCAAUGGUUGCUUCAUUAGGUUUCUUUGUUUGAUCCUUGUUCUCAUCUUAGGUAACAUUCUAGUAUUGGGAAGGGGCCAGAGACCAUGAUGAUUAUUUAUUGUUGAUUUGUUUCUACACACUGGCAAUCCUUGGGAUUUGUAGAUGGCUCAUUAUAAUGAAGAUGAGAAGACUGAGGAUUACCUUUUCAAGAUUGUUUUGAUCGGUGAUUCAGCUGUUGGGAAAUCAAAUUUACUUGCGAGAUUUGCCAGGGAUGAGUUUUAUCCUAAUUCAAAGUCAACUAUAGGAGUAGAGUUCCAAACUCAGAAGAUCGAUAUAAAUGGAAAGGAAAUUAAAGCGCAGAUAUGGGACACAGCUGGGCAAGAGAGGUUCAGAGCUGUUACAUCUGCAUAUUAUAGGGGCGCUGUUGGAGCACUUGUAGUAUAUGAUAUUAGCAGGCGCCAAACGUUUGAUAGCAUUGGUCGAUGGCUGAACGAACUUCACACUCACUCUGACAUGAACGUUGUCACCAUACUUGUUGGGAACAAGUCAGAUCUUAAGGAUGCAAGGGAGGUGACUACUGCUGAAGGCAAGGCCUUAGCUGAAGCACAGGGUUUGUUCUUCAUGGAGACAUCAGCUCUUGAUUCAUCAAAUGUAGCAGCAGCUUUUCAAACAGUUGUAAAGGAGAUCUACAACAUUCUAAGUCGGAAGGUUAUGAUGUCUCAAGAGCUCAGCAAACAUGAAGUUCCGCGGAUUGAAAAUGGGAAGAGUGUGGUUAUACAAGGAGAAAAUCUAGAAGCAGAUGGGCAGUCAAAAAAGGGUUGUUGUUCCUCUUAGGUUUGAUACUAUAUAUGUCAGCUCCAAAAGUAGUCAGUGUUUAUUAUAAUUAUUCAACCAGGCUUGAAAAAUGCCACUCAAAUAUUCAAGAUUUUAUCUUUUAUGUUCA